AUGUUGAUAAAAAAGGGUGAAGUAGUGGAACGAUUUAUUGAUCUUGUCCAUGUUAGUGAUACAUCGGCUUGCUCAUUGAAGAAAGAAAUUUAUUCUUUGCUUUCCGAUCAUUCACUAAGUCCAUCCAAAAUACGUGGGCAAGGUUAUGAUGGAGCUAGUAAUACGAAGGGAGAGAUAAAUAGUCUCAAAACUUUAAUUAUGGAAGACAGUCCUUCGGCGUACUAUAUUCAUUGUUUUGCAUAUCAAUUGCAACUAACACUUGUAGCUAUUGCUAAAAAACAUGUGGAAGUUGAAGACUUUCUAGAUCAUGGUACUAAUGUGUUGAAUAUUGUUGGAGGAUGUUUUAAACGUCGAGAUUUACUUCGUCAUCACCAAGCCGAAUAUUUGAAGCAAUUACUUGAGUCCGGUGAAGCUCAUACCGGACAAGGAUUCAAUCAAGAGCGUGGGCUUCAAAGACCGGGUGAUACUCAUUGGGGAUCACAUUUUAAAACAUUGGAUAACUUUCUUGUUAUUUUUUCAACCAUUGUUCAUGUGCUUGGAGUGAUUGAAAUUGAAGGUUCUACUUCAAGUGAUAGAAAUCAAGCGGAAUAUCUUUUGACUAAGAAAAGAUUGCAAGAUGCGAGAGAGAAUGGGUGGAAAUCUUUGUUGAAUGAUGUUUCUUCAUUUUGUGAUUCACAUGAUAUUUUGAUUCCCAAAUUAGAUGUGUCUUAUUUUCCCGAAAAGUCAAAGCGUAAGUGUUUAGAUGUUUGUUAUUCGCACCACUUGCGUGUUGAAAUUUUUUUUGCGGUCAUUGAUGUGCAACUUCAAGAGCUUAAUGAGCGUUUUGAUGUAGUGAGUAGUGAUUUGCUUCUUGGGAUGGGUAGCUUGAAUCCUGUCAAUUCUUUUUCUAACUUUGACAAAGGUAGAAUCAUGACUUUAGCAAAGUGUUAUCCAAAUGAGUUUGAUGAUGGAAAGCUUCGAGAUUUGAGUUACCAACUUGAUACCUUCAUAAUUCAUAUGCGAGGUGGUAAUUUCAAGUUUUCCAACUUGCAAGGAAUUCGUGAUUUGGCAAAGGCAUUAGUUGAGUUGAUUUUGAUUUUACCCGUCGCUACGGCAACUGUUGAAAGAGCAUUCUCUUCCAUGAAGCACAUAAAAAAUGAAGUGCGAAAUAGUAUUGGUGAUCAAUAUUUAAAUAAUUGUUUAGUAUGUUACAUAGAGCGUGAUGUAUUUGCAAAUACCGAAAAGAUGAAUAAUCCGAUUGAAUUACUUGGCACCCGGUUAUUUUUCACCUAUGCUAAGGCAUAUGAGAGUUCACAAGGUUUAAUGCGGAUAUUCUCUCUAGCUUCUCCAGAUUUGUCUUCAACUGGCUCGUUGGAUUUAACAGUGUAUCACUCUUCAAACAUGUUGGAGGUACCACGAACAACAAAUUUAGAUGGGAUAGAUUUGCUAGAUUCAUUUCUUUCGCAUCUGUUUAGGCGGAAGUAUCUGCUCAAAGAAAAGUGUCUAAUUACAGGAAAUCAAGUAAGUAUCGAAGUUGCUGCAGCAACUUUGAUAUUUGUUACAUCAAAUUCGAUAAUUGCUGCAACAACUUCGAUAGUUGCUAUUGCAACUUCGAUAAUUGCUACAGUAACUUCAAUAAUUAUUGUAGCAUAA